UAGAGUACACUACACAAGUACAGUGAUGGAGAUGUUAUUCGUGUUUCUAGUUGUCAUUCUGGAGCCGUGCGCGUGCGUGAUAUUUAGUAUAAAUGAAACCGAAUACAACAGAAUGCCGCCUCUCUACGCGAUGGACAACUACGACUUAUGCAUGUUAGAAGAUGGCGGCACAUAUUGUAUUGCUGAUUUUGAACUCUUUUCGAGACGACGGUCAGCACUUAUGCAUUUUAUACAGGAAUAUUCAUCACACACCAAAAAGCAUUACAAUCAUACACAGCUACACAGAGCCAUAUGUGUGACACGGACCUGUAAAACUUAUCUACCUCAUAAAUCAAAUAUAACAGUGGACCUAAACACGACCCUUGAGGGAUGCUUCAAUAAAACUAUAUGGGAUGAAUACAAGAUAGAGGCAAAAUUGUCGAAACUACACUAUUGUAAGAAGAAAGGAGAAAAGAGGGUAAUUGAUAAGAGUGAUAUAGCUGUUUUUAUUGUGUACAUGGUGCUGAUUUUGUUGCACUUUAUCGGAAACUGUUACGACAUAAUUAAAUCUCGAAACGAUAAAGCGGAAAACAAAAUCCUUCUGGCAUUUUCUAUGAAAAGGAAUUGGGCAAAAUUAAUAGCGCCUAGUGGAGCUGGUCCAGAACCGAGAUUAGAAAGACUGAAAAUGAUUAAUGGUUUGAGAUCAAUAACAAUGAUUUUGGUUAUAUUUUCGCAUACUGCUCUCGUGUUAGCACAUUCUUACCACUCAAAUCCAUUAUUCAUAGAAAAGUCUUACGACGAUCCUCUUAAGCACAUAGUUUUCAACGGAACUCUAGUGACCUAUACCUUCUUGGUGAUGUCCAGUUUUCUCCUAGUCUACAACUUUCUGAUACAUUCGGAGACUCAUGAUAUAUCCUGGUGGGACUUUCCAAAAGGAGUAUUUUUAAGAUGGAUAAGGUUAACCCCAUCUUACGCCCUAAUCCUGGUAACCAUAGCAACCUGGAUGAGACACGCAGGCGACGGCCCCCUCUGGGACCUCUUGGUGGUCAGUGAAUCAGAUGCCUGUAGGUCCAAGUGGUGGAUGAAUAUAGCAUAUGUUAAUAACUAUUUAUAUGAGCAUGUCAACUGCCUUCCGCAGACGUGGUACCUGGCUGCUGACACGCAGCUGUUCUGCUUAGGACUCCUUAUACUAGUGGCUAUACGAACACAAAAAGCAAGAAAAAUUGUAGCAAUAGUUAUAUUCUUUCUUUCCAUCAUAAUUACUGGAGGUGUGACGUAUUUUUAUAAACUGGAUGCUAUUGUUUUGCAAACUCCUGAGAAUUAUCGCACGUUAUAUACAAACGAUGAUACAUUUAAACAAACGUAUAUUGGAAGUCAUACUAAUUUGUCAACGUUUGUGCUUGGCUUCGCUGCGGCCAUGCUUUGCUAUUAUUGGCAGCUUGAGAAAAAGGAUUUCACUAUUUAUAAGCGAUACGGUUGGGUGACCUGGUUCCUUCUUCCCGCGGGAAUUGGCGUGAUUCUCUCUGGAGGUAUUUUCUACAUUGACGGCAUCGAGCUGUCCCCGGUGUUCAAGGCUUUUUAUGCUGUCCUGAUGAAAGUCGCCUUCAUCAGCAUCUUGUGUGUUUUCAUGGUUGGCUGCGUGUUUAAGGUUGAAAAUAUAUAUCGAAGUUUAGUAGAGUGGCGCGGCUUCACCUGGACCGGCAGGAUAUCAUAUAGCGCGUUCCUUCUCCAUACAAUUGUUCAAAGAGGUCUUAUAGGGAUACAAAUGACACCUCUGUAUUUGACUGAUUUCUAUAUAUCAAUGUUCCUAAACGCUACGCUGUUCACCUCCUACGUUUGUGGCGUAGGGUUGUACUUAUUCGUGGAGGCACCAGUUGGAAGUCUAGUCAAAGCUUUACUUACCCCAGCUAAGAAGACAGAGCAAACAACGGAGAAUAAAUAAUCUAUUUAGAUCUUUAGCAAAUUUAGUUUUAAUAGACAAUAAAUGGUUA